CUUUCUUCUCUCCCAUUUUCUGUUUAGGCUGAUGUGACCCUAGCUGACAUAUCAAUUAAGUUAAUUGAGUUUGAGUUCUUUUCCCCUCUUUCGUUUGUGACGUAACAACUUCGGCAUUUCUACGUUUCGUUAUUGAUUUUUCUUUCGUCUGUUGCUUGGUCCAAUCGAUAAUUCCAGCUGGUUAGCUUUUUUGGGCUCCCGGAGUGUGAACAGAGCAAGGCCUGGACCUCGUUAACAAUUAAGUUCGUUUUCGACAAGUUGUAGAUAUGCCCAAGAGUUGGAGACACAAAUCGCACAAACAGAGCAAACGCAGCUCAAGGGAUUAUUCGGACUCCGAAGAGGAUGUCAUGUCAUGAAGAUGAAAGAGAAAAGUAGUAAAGAUGAUUCUGGUCGGGUUCAUCGGGAUUCAGCAUCUGGUGAAAAGAGAAAGGUUUCAUCCCAGCUGCGGGAAUGCAAGGACAGUAAAGAUCUGAGCGGUCAUGGGAAUGGCGAUGCCUUGGAGGAGUAUGUUUCAUCCAAACGGCGGAAGGAGAAAACUGAUGUUGCUAUUGGUGGUGAUCGUUGGAAUGGGGGUGGAGAUGAGAGAGGGGAUGGUGACAGGAAUGUGGAGAAGGAUAAUCAUAAAGGUGAGAACUUGAAAGUUGAUAGUAAAGGAAAGGAAAAUAGCGGUAAAGGUGAGAGCUUCAGAGUUGAUUCGAAGAGUAAGAGUAAACGCAAUGAGAGUGGAAAUUCCGGUGAGAGGAAAGAAGACAUUUUGACAUCUUCAUUAGUGGACAGGGAGGAGAGUAAGAGCAAAGGGGAAUCAAAGCGGAAAUCUGAGAGGGAUUCUUCUGCUCGUAAAGAAGGGUUGAAGGACAAGGAGAAAAGUGGUGGUCAGGAGACCAAGAGUAGUGAUGCUGAGGUGAAAAUAGUGGAAUUGAAUAUUGGGAAAAAGCAAGGGCCUCUGCCUGGUGAUUUUAUUGAGGAGAGACAGGGCACUCGUGCUCGAGAAAAUACUGCAGAACCUUUACUGGAUGAGGUGCGGUGUCCUGAGUUGGAGAAGGACAUCGAGAAAAGGAUACGCAGAAAAAGAGAAGGUUCUAGUGAAAGAGAGAAACAUUAUGAUGAUGCUAAAGAAGGUGGUGAGAGACGAUCAUCAUCAAAAGGUGAUCGUACCAAGGACAUAAAAUAUAGAGAUGACAAGCACAAGGAUGGAGCAUAUACUGAUAAGUAUCAAGAUGAUGGCUACAAAGAAGACAGGUGGAGGGAUGAGAAGUACCAUGAAGAAGCUGAUAAGGAGUAUAAAUAUCAAGAUGACAAGUAUCGAGAAGAUGGUGAGAAGGAUUCUCGACGUAGAGAUGAUAGACAUCGUGAAAGUGAUAGGGACAUUAGACGCAAGGAGGAAAAACGUCGUGAGGAUGGAGAGCGGGAUAGUAGGGCGGAAGGAUGAAAAGUAUCGUGAAGGCACUGAAAGAGAUGGCCGUCAGGAUGAUAAGUAUUAUGAGGAUGGUGAUAGAGACCGCCGACGUAAGGAUGAUCACUAUCAUGAAGAUGAUGACAAGGAUAGUAGGCGUGGGGAUGAGAGGUAUAAUGAGGACAGUGAUAGAGAUGAUAGGCGCAGAGAAAAUACUUACAGGGAAGAUGUUGAUAAUGAUAUUAGGCACAAAGAAGAAAAAUAUCUAGAAGACACUGAAAGAGACUCCCGCCAUAAGGAUAGUAAGCAAGGGGAUGGAUAUGAUAGAGAUAAAAGAACAAGAGACAUUAAGUAUAGGGAUGAACGGACAACACGAGAUAGGUCUGGUGAUAAGUUGGACCUUAAGCAUUCGAGGGACGAUAGCUCUGCUGGUGAUCAUUAUGUGAGAAAAUCAAGUGCAUAUGAUGAUAGUCCAACCCAUGAUGAUCGAGCAGCCAGGUACCGAGAUGAUCAAGGCAGGAGAAGAACUAACGA